ACAACUGGUGGAGGUGCUGGGUAGCCCCCAGCCGAUGUUCCAAACGCCUCCGGGUAGCCCUGUACCUGUAGUGGCAACACCUGUUCACCGGGCCAGCCGAAGAAUCCGAGGACUACCUCCUGAGCGUGGACCUCUUCCCGAAAUGGCCUCAGCGACACCCCAGAACGCUGCGGAAGGCACUGCAACCGCGCCUUAUACGCUGCAGAAGCCACGAGUACCGAAGGUGUUCCACGGUUCCGUCUUCGAGGACUUUGAGGACUGGCUGGCUCAAUUCGAACGGGUCGCCGAUUUCAACGGUUGGACCGACGCCGACAAGAUGAGGAAUGUCUAUUUCAGCCUGGAGGACGGCGCUCGUACUUGGUACGAAAACCGUGAGCCCUUCCCAUCUUGGAGCGUCUUUUGCCGUCACCUGCUGGCAAGUUGGGCCAAUCCCGAUCGCCGUGAACGAGCCGAGAGAGCAAUUCAGUCGCGCAUCCAAAUGCCGAAUGAAAGCGAGCAGCUUUUUGCUGGCCUCGUUCGAUGUCCCCCAAAGACUGUGGCAGAGUUUUUGACCGAAGCCACAACAAUGGAAAAAGUGCUGCAGCAGCGUUCGGCUGUGUACGACCGGCAAGUGAGUGUUGCUUCGUCCGUAGGCCAGAUUGGAGGUGCAGGAAGUAGUAUCAACAUCGAAUCUCUGUGCGACCUCAUUCGAUCGGUGGUGCGCGACGAGCUGCAAAAGAUUCACUGCCCGUCUCAACCUACUGCGGGAUCCCUCUGCAGCCUCAUCAGAAACGAGGUACAGCAGGCUCUGCAAGUGCCGCUUCCCGACAAUGUCCCGCCUGUGCCGACUGAGCCUCAUCGUGCAUCAUACGCGGAUGCUGCUCGUCGUUAUAUUCCAGCUUCACCGCGCUUCGUCAACCCUACGCCUCACGAUACACUUCCAUCACUGCAGCCGAUUCAGCACUUGGAGAAUCGGCAGCCGGUCCCAAGGAAAUCCGACGUCUGGCGCACACCGGACAGACGGCCACUGUGUUAUCACUGUGGUGAACCUGGACAUGUGUACCGAGAAUGCCCCUAUCGCCGUCUUGGACUCCAGGGUUUCGCCGUCGACUCGCCAAGGCCGAGAUUUGGCGAAAGACCAAGAGCUAUAGAAGAGUACCUCUCCCAGCAGCGAAUGCCACUGCCCGUGCGGCGGCAGUCGCGGUCACCGUCUCCAAGACGAUCUUCGCCAAAUUUUCGGAGCUUUCCAGGGGCGGCGCAGGCGCGUUCGCCAAGCCCUCGGCGGGAAAACUAACGACAGCGACCUUCGGGAGCGAGGCCGCUGACAAUCGACGCA